CUAUAGACUCUGUUUGGGAGCUAGUUCUGUAAAAUGUUUUCUUUAUAUCUCUAGAAAAUCUGCCGCCAUCGGAUUCUGUGGUGCAGGAGAUUGUAGGUGAAAAUAGAGUGGCCAGAGUUGAGGUGGACAUUGCCAUCCCUGCCAAGUCUCCAAAGCUCAAGAAGAAAAGGAAAGGUGCAGAGACCAAGCAGGAGACGGGUGAGAUUUAGUGACAUAGAAACAUAGAAUGUGACGGCAGAUAAGAACCAUUCGGCCCAUCUAGUCUGCCUAAUUUUCUAAAGACUUUCAUUAGUCCCUAGUCUUAUCUUAUAGUUAGGAUAGCCUUAUGCCUAUCCCAGGCAUGCUCAAACUCCUUUACUGUGUUAACCUCUACCACUUCAGCUGGAAGGCUAUUCCAUGCAUCCACUACCCUCUCAGUAAAGUAAUACUUUCUGAUAUUAUUUUUAAACCUUUGCCCCUCUAAUUUAAGACUCUGUCCUCUUGUUGUGGUAGCUUUUCUUCUUUUAACUAUAGUCUCCUCCUUUACUGUGUUGAUUCCCUUUAUGUAUUUAAAUGUUUCUAUCAUAUCCCCCCUGUCUCGUCUUUCCUCCAAGUUAUACAUGUUAAGAUCCUUUAACCUUUCCUGGUAAGUUUUAUCCCGCAAUCCAUGAACCAGUUUAGUAGCCCUUCUCUGAAUCCUCUCUAAGGUAUCAAUAUCCUUCUGAAGAUACGGUCUCCAGUACUGUGUACAAUACUCCAAGUGAGGUCUCACCAGUGUUCUGUACAAUGGCAUGAGCACUUCCCUCUUUCUACUGCUAAUACCUCUCCCUAUACAACCAAGCAUUCUGCUAGCAUUUCCUGCUGCUCUAUUACAUUGUCUGCCUACCUUUAAGUCAUCAGAAAUAAUCACCCUAAAUCCCUUUCCUCAUAUGUUGAGGUUAGGACUCUAUCAAAUAUUCUGUACUCUGCCCUUGGGUUUUUACGUCCAAGAUGCAUUAUCUUGCACUUAUCCACAUUAAAUGUCAGUUGCCACAAUUCUGACCAUUUUUCUAGUUUACCUAAAUCAUUUGCCAUUUGGCUUAUCCCUCCUGGAACAUCAACCCUGUUACAUAUCUUAGUAUCAUCAGCUAGAGGUGUAAUGCCAUGUGUAUCCUGGGCAGGUUGUGGCUCUUUGGGGUACUAUGCCAUCUGUUACAGAGCAGCAGGUGACUGUUAUGAGUGUCUAUGGAUUGAUGUAUAUUGGGUUAAACCACAGGCAUUAUUUCCCAUUCUGACUUUUUUUUUUUUUUCCUGUGUAAAGCAGGAUGUGCUGAAUUAGUGGAGGUCACAGAGAACUGUGAGGAGGCUGAUUUGCAGGAGAAAAUCAAGGAAAAUGUGAGCACCAGGAAGGGGGAGGAUGAUGUCUCGGCUAAGUCACCCGCAGUCAAGAAAAAAAAGAAAAGGAAAAUUAGUGACAAGGGAGAGACUGGUAAGAUAAUGGGGCUGUACAACUAUUCGGAGUAGAUUGCUGGCUAUAUGAGGUUAAAGAGGUAUUGCUCAGUACUUCUGUGGACUGGGCUGUUAUAUUAAUGCGCACUGGGCUGUUUACUUUUAAUGCGGACCACUAUAGGCAACCAGACCACUUCCAUUUAAUGAAGUGGUCUGGGUGCCAGGUCCAUCUAGAAUUAACCCUUUCUGCUGAAAACAUAACAGUUUCAGAGAAACUGCUAUGCUUACACUAGGGUUAAUCCAGCCUCUAGCGGCUGUCUCAUUGACAGCUGCUAGAGGCGCUUCUAACUGUGAUUUUUCACAGUGAGAAGAUGCCAGCGUCCAUAGGAAAGCAUUGAGAAUGCUUUCCUAAGAGACUGGCUGUGUGCGGCUCUUGCGCAUUCAGCCAGUGACGGGGAAAGGAGGAGGAGUCCCCAGCGCCGAGGGAGCCCAGCAGGGAAAAACGGGUAAGGGAUUAACCCCUUCCUCACCCUAGAGCCCAGAGGGUGAGGGGAACCCAAGUAUGUUUUCCUGGCACUAUAGUGGUCCUUUAAUGCGGACUGGGCUGUUAUAUUAAUGUGUAUGUCCAAGGACUCUGUGUACUGGGCUAUAAAGGUAUUGCUGUGUUUUGCUAAUUACUUUCUUUCUUUACAAGAUGCCAAGAAAGUAAAAACCGAGGACAUCCUGGACUGGGCAAAUGGAGAAUUAGAAGAGGAAAACUCAGCAGCAGUUAAUGCUGAGAUUGAAGAAGAGGAGGAAUCACCCAGUUUGCCGAUGGGGUUAACAGGUGCAUUAUUUUAUAUCCUAUGGCUAUAAGUGGUUCACUCACAGAUACUGGAACACCGAUACCGUAAAUCUUACCCAUAGCUGUAACCGGACACAUUCACGUAUUCCAUAUUGCUGUAACAGGACACAUUUACGUACAGCUUACCGAUAGCUGUAACCGGACACGUUCACGUAUAGCUUACCGGUAGCUGUAACUGGACAUUCACGUAUACCGUAUAGCUUACCGUUAGCUGUAACUGGACACAUUCACGUGUAGCUUACCGAUGGCUUUAACUGGACACAUUCAUUGCUUACUGAUAGCUGUAACUGGACACAUUCACGUAUACCGUAAAUCUUAAUAGCUGUAACCAGACACAUUUAAGGACCACUAUAGACACCCAGACCACUUCAGCUCAAUUAAGUGGUCUGGGUGCCAGGCCCCUGCCCCCCCCCUCCCCAAAUUUUUCACGUAUACCGUAUAGCUUACCGAUCGCUGUAACCAGACACAUUCACGUAUACCGUACGGGUUCACUCACAAUGCCAAAUCUUCUGUUGUGUAGCUUUCUAAUGGAUGGACUGUAUAGCUUGUUAAGAAUUGCUUUGCUCUCUUUUCUACCCUUGGUGGGGUUUUACAGAUGGAUUUGGUCUAAUAUCUUACCUGUGCUUUUCUGGGAGUGCUUAUUCUAACAUUUUGUCCUAUUCUGCUCCCAGGUGCUUUUGAGGACACUACGUUCUCUUCUCUGGCAGAUUCUGUAAAUGAGAACACGCUGCGUGCCAUUUCUGAAAUGGGCUUCACUCAUAUGACUGAAAUUCAACAUAAAACCAUCAGGCCCCUGCUAGAGGGAAGGUAAGGAGACAGAAUCAUUGUAUUCAUACAGCAGAGAGAUCGAUUUCAGUGUCUGCAGAGUGUUUUAUGGAGUUUGUCAUUCAGUUUUCUUUGUCAGAUUCUAAGCAUGCGCUUGGCUCCGAUUGUGGGGUAGUUUUGUUAAACAAGUAAAUUGUGUCUCGGUGCCCACAUGGCCGCUGAACCAGCCCUGUCCCAGAAUGCUGUGCGGUGCCCACAUGUUACUGAGCCUUGUGAAGUGUGGUGAUAGGACUGUUCUAGUAGCAAUAUUGUGUCAGACUGUCUAGUUUAGGUGGUUUUGAUUAUGGAAAUGACUGAGAGGAAUUGUUUUUAUUUUAGGGACGUCCUGGCUGCAGCCCGCACUGGCAGUGGUAAAACACUGGCGUUUCUCAUCCCAGCUAUAGAACUGAUCUACAAACUCAAAUUUAUGCCCCGAAAUGGUGAGUUCUGACUACUUCAAUUGACUUUUAACCCUUGAUGAGCUAAAGCCAUAAGUAAUUCUGAUGCCUAAAUUGAAGGCAUGUUCUGCUUGCCUCACUUCUUUCUCCUUCUGGUUUAUUCCCCUUUCCCCUCUGAGGCAUUCUAAUCAGACACUCCUUUCUCUCUCCAGGUACGGGCGUUCUGAUCCUGUCACCAACGCGGGAGUUGGCCAUGCAGACCUAUGGCGUUCUCAAGGAGUUGAUGGCUCAUCAUGUUCAUACUUAUGGGUUGAUCAUGGGGGGCAGUAACCGCUCUGCAGAGGCCCAGAAACUCGCCAAUGGUGUUAACAUUGUGGUGGCAACACCUGGGCGUCUGCUUGAUCAUAUGCAGGCAAGUCUUGAAAUAGUGGGCAGCUUCAAAAGUCAGUUUAUUUCCAGCAGAAGAUGUACGUGUGCUGACAAUAUUUAUUGAUCUUCGGUCUCUUUUAAACAGAACACACCUGGCUUCAUGUACAAGAAUUUGCAGUGUCUGGUGAUUGAUGAAGCUGAUCGAAUCCUCGAGGUCGGAUUUGAACAGGAAAUGAAACAAAUUAUCAAUCUGCUGCCAAGUAGGUGCCAGGCGUUGCCAUGUACAGUCAGUGAUGUGUGUUAGGCUCUCUGUAAUAAGGCUGAAUUAUCGCAGGAAAGAUUCAUCUAAUUCACAAUAAAGUGGACGAGGGAAAAACUGGAAAAAUGGGUUCACAGUCCACUCUGCACCAAUACAUACUGAAACCACAUGUAUCCCCAGUGCAAGUGAAUUAUACUAGCUGCGUACCUAGUAUAGAUAAUGGAUAACCAUUGGAUUAUCCAGACAGGUGCUUAGAAUAUUAAUAUACAGGCGACCUCUUUCCUAUAUCACUUUCCUGUACAUUGUACUUUUUUCUUUGGGCUAUUUUAGGUUACAGCUGAAUAUACUACAGUACGCUAUAAUCCAAUCUGUUUAUUCAUGCUGCACCUGGAUGGUACUAUGGUCUGUCAGUCAAUCUCUUACUUAACACUUUGACCAUGGUUUAACCCCUGGUUUAUUUACCUACCAAGGGCUAACGAAAGUACUAUUCACUCGCUGCUUUAUACGGUCAGACCUCUAGUUAAUCCCUGUUUUUAACACGAAUACUGUGGUUUAACCCCUUGUCUACCUUGGUACACUGGUUUAUUUUUCUGUGCACUAUUUGCCCACAAAGGGUUAUCAAAAAUGCUACAAAUAAGCCUAAUUAAUAAAGCUUGUAUAUUAAUAUUCUAAGCACCCAAUGGUUAUCCAUUAUCUAUACUAGGUACGUGGCUAGUAUAAUUCACUUGCACUGGGGAUAUAUGUGCUUUGUGUAUAUAUUGGUGCAGAGUGGACUGUGAUCCCAUUUACCUAAGGAUACUGAGUACAUUUUUUUGUUUUUACCUCGUCCACUUUAUUGUGGAUUAGGUGAAUCUUUCCUGUGUUAUUAGGGUUAAGCACUUUGGACACUACUGGAGUGUCUACACAGGUGUAUAGAUCCCAAGAAGUAAACUCAUGGGUAUCCUUUUAAUUCGUUGUAAUAUAAGAAAUCUUUCUCUUGUUACUUGGGGAAAAUCCAUAUUGGAGAUUAAAUUGUGCGGGGGCCCAGCAUGAUCAGUGGAUCUAAUCACAUUCACAUAUUCCUUGUCUCCCAGAGCGCCGGCAGACCAUGCUGUUUUCUGCCACUCAGACUCGCAAGGUGGAGGAUCUGGCUAGGGUCUCCCUGAAAAAGGAGCCAUUAUAUGUUGGCGUGGAUGACCACAAAGACACGGCUACGGUUGACGGAUUGGAACAGGUAUGUGGCCCAAUUUAUCCUGUUAGUCAUUCAACUCCACAAUCUGAAUGGUUGCCAUUUUUGUUUGCAGUCAGGUUUCAGAGGAUAGGAAAUGGGAAUUGGAAAAUCCAUGAAUAAUACAAUAAUUGACCGUGCUGAAUCUUAAAUAUUGAGAAAUUACCUUUUAGAUGUAGAUGGGCUAUAAGACUUUUGCAGUAAGUUACUCUAUAAAGAGGAACAGUCACCUACAGCUUGUAUUAAUGUUUUUUUUUUCAUGAAUGUCUCCUCUUCAAUUUAUAUUAAAGGGACACAUACAAACCUGUAUUGCUGACACUGUAGUUUUGAGAGAGCAGUUUAGGUUACUGGCCCCCCUUGUCCACAGUUAAAAAGCCGUAAAACUCACCGAUUUUCCGCCUCAUUGCUUUUUAGAUCAUUGGGAGAUUAUUGUGCACGUGCGGCAAAACGCAAUCAGCAUCUUCUCAUAGAGAUGCAUUGAAUCAGUGCAUCUGUAUGGGGAACGUCUGGCGUCACAUUGUGCAGUACUGCGCUAGGAAGCACCUCUAGUGUCUGACUGCACCUAGAGGUGUUACCAGCCAGUAUUUACGUUCUCUAAAAAGGCAGUGUGUAGAUUAAAAAGCCUGCAGGGACUGGAACACCUACAUUAAACUGGUGAGUUAAGUGCUCCUUUAAAGAUUUAGCAAAUUAUAUUGCAGUCCAGAUCAGACAAGGCACAUACAAAAUGCAACUGAAGAGGAGAAAUAUUUCAUUUCUCCUGCUCUCUGUAUGUUCUCUCUAUGCUGACUGCCAGGUGUAAAGGGCGGAGCUUAUAACAAUGAUUGACAGGGAGCUAAGAUGGAGGCGCCCAGUUACAGGAUGAAGAAAAGUAGAUUUCAGAGUAAACCUAAGUGGUAUCCCAAACUGUAACCUUACUUACACCGUGCACCCCUAGUGUUUGUGAGCCUGAAGUGGUUAUUUAAAGACUCCUCUCCAUUAUCAGCAUGGCCCCAACUGAGCUUGGCAUUACGGGUUGUUUCGCAGUGAUUUAGGGAGAAUUAUAUUGACAGACCUCGUGCUAGCUGUGAAAUUUCACGCCUUAAUUGUCCUCUGGGUCAUUUCUCAGGGCUAUGUGGUAUGUCCGUCUGAGAAGAGAUUCCUCUUGUUGUUCACUUUUCUGAAGAAGAAUCGCAAAAAGAAGAUGAUGGUUUUCUUCUCCUCCUGCAUGUCUGUGAAAUAUCACUACGAACUUCUCAAUUACAUAGAUUUACCGGUGAUGGCAAUACACGUGAGUUUUCCGUGGACCUCCAAGAAUUGUUUGACACACUGUGUCGUCGUUGCACUGGUGGCAGGGUAGACACAACUUCAACAUUGUGUCCGCACGUCGCCUUUCUCUGUUAAUCUUGUGUCUUCACUCCACAGGGUAAGCAGAAACAAACAAAGCGGACCACCACAUUUUUCCAGUUCUGCAACGCUGAUUCUGGGAUUCUGCUGUGUACAGAUGUCGCAGCUAGGGGACUGGACAUUCCCGAGGUAGACUGGAUUGUCCAGUAUGACCCUCCUGAUGACCCCAAGGUUGGUUGACUUCUGUUACAGCUGGUGUAGUGUGAUGGAGCAUUAGCACAGUCAUUCUCAGUGCCAGUGAAUUCUGGAUGUAACCUACAUGCACCUAUUCCCUUCAGGAAUACAUCCAUCGUGUUGGCAGGACAGCUCGUGGUAUCGAUGGGAAAGGUCACGCUUUACUGAUCCUAAGGCCUGAGGAACUGGGCUUCCUGCGUUAUCUGAAGCAAGCUAAGGUAAAAUAUGCUGUUACUGGGAGGACACAUGUGCAGGUAUCGGACAAAGUCCUUGUGGUGUAUUCUAGUUAAAAGCAGAUAUUCACUGUUGGGUUUGGUCUUAUUUUAGGUACCACUGAGUGAAUUUGAAUUCUCGUGGAGUAAAAUUUCUGAUAUCCAGUCUCAGGUAUGUAAGCAGUCGGCUUUUUUUUUAUCAGGUGUGUUUUUUUUUGUUUUUUUUGGGGAAUGGGGAAGAGUUCUGGCCCAAGCCUUUUAACUCCUUAAGGACUGGACUGUCUUUGCUAUUUUGUACACUUUUGUGGUGUUUGUGUUUAGCUGUAAUUUUCCGCGCUGUAAUGUUCCCAUACAAAUUAUAUAUUGUGGUUUUUUUUCAGGACAAAAAAGGCUUUUUUUACAUACCAUUAUUUAUAUAAUCUCAUGUAAUUUAAUUGGAAAAAAAAUGAUGAAAAAUUGAAAAUACAUGUUUUUUUUGACUUCCUUAACCCCUUAAGGACACAUGACGUGUGACAUGUCAUGAUUCCCUUUUAUUCAAGAAGUUUGGUCCUUAAGGGGUUACAUUUUUUUACUCUUCUACAAAAGCGAAUACAAAAAACUGCUAAAUAGAUUUAAAAUUUUGUCCUGAGUUUAAAAAUACCCAGUGUUUACCUGCUUUUUUUUUUUUUUGCAAGUUAUAGGGCUAUAGGUACAAGUAGGAUAUUGCGGUUUCAAAACAUACUUUUUUUUUUUUUCUUCAAAUUUAUCAAUAGUGACAUUGUAACACUAUUACCUGUCAUAAAUCUCUGAAUAACACCCCACAUGUACGUAUAUUUAAAGUAGACAACCCAGGGUAUUCAAUAUGGGGUAUGUCCAGACUCUCUUAGUAGCCACCUAGUCGCAAACACUGGCCAAAGUUAGCAUUUAUAUUUGUUUGUGUGUGAAAAAAGCAAACUAAAUUGAACGCUAAUUUUGGCGAGUGUUUGUGACUAAGUGGCUACUAAAAAAGACUGGACACACCCCAUUUGCAAUACCUUGUGUUGUCUUCUUUUGCAAAUGGUAUGCCAUCGUGGGGGUAAUUCUCAUUCCUGGGCUACCCUAUGCUCUCAAAGGCAAUGUAACCAACCUGGCCAUUUUCAAUGCAAAAAAAAUUUACCCUGUAACUUUCAAAAACGCUAUAAAACCUGUACAUGGGGGGGCAGGGGGGGUACUGUUAUACUCAGGAGACUUUGCUGAACACAAAUAUUAGUGUUUCAAAACAGGAAAACGUAUCACAACUAUAUCAUUAGUAAAAGUGCUGUUUGUAUGUGGAAAAAUGUCACUUUCACGGACAAUAUCAUCGCUGUCAUAUGUUUUACUGUUUUGAAUCACUAAUUGUAUUCAGCGAAGUCUCCUGAGUAAAACAGUACCCCCCCAUGUACAGGUUUUAGGGUGUCAUAGAAAGUUACAGGGUAAAAUACAGUGCUAGCAAAUUAAAUUCUCUGGAAUUUUGGCCUGGGUUGGCAGGCAGGUCCCUCAAAUUGCAAUCAAUAAAAUUAAGUAUGUAAAAAUAUUUAUAUAAAUACGCACGUAGAAUUUAAAUAUAUGCAUAUUAUUUGAAGUUUGUGUUUAUUUAUGAAAUUUAUGUAAUUUUGUAUAUGGACAUAUGUAUAUUUCGUAUUUAUUUAUACAAUUUAUUCUAAGUGUAUUUUGAUAUAACUAUAUAUAUUUUAAUAUCAAAAUACAGUUAGAGUAAAAUUUCAUAUAGAUAUAAUUUUUUAACAUUUUUUAUUUUAAUCUUAUUUGUAUUUUAUUUAUGUGUAUAUAUGUGUAACUUAGUAAGUAUUUUUAUAUUUACAUAAUAUAAAAAUACACUUAGUAUGACUAUUUUUUAUUUGUAUUUUUUUUUUUUAAAUUAACUUUAUAUUAAUGAUUUUUACACUAGCAGGGAGACCAUGUGACUGCUCUGAGCGUUCACAUGGCCACAGGGGUCCUAAUCUGCCAUGGGAGACUGUCUGGGCUGCAGGCAGUCUCCCCACACUGGGAGCGCCGACGGUUCAGGACCGGCACCGGUCGGCAAUGGAAAAAUGCCGAGGUCGUUAAGGGGUUAAUAGCACUAUACGUGUGUUUUGUAUAUAAUAUAAAUCUUUUUCAUGUUUAAAACUACCUUAAAGGACCACUAUAGUGCCCCCACUCCUGCCGGGCUCUGGGGGGAGGAUGUGGUUAAACUUACCUCUUUCUCCAGUGCCGGGGGGAGGGGGGUUUCCUCCUCCUCUCCGGCUGAAUGUGCAUGCGCGGCAGGAGCCAGUCCAUAGGAAAGCAUUCACAAUGCUUUCCUAUGGACGCUGGCGUCUUCUCACUGUGACUUUUCAUAGUGAGAAGCGUGGAAGCCCUCUAGCGGCUGUCAAUGAGACAGCCCUAGAGGCUGUAUUAACCUUAAUAGAAACAUAGCAGUUUCUCUGAAACUAUGUUUAUAGAAAAAAGGGUUAAUCCUAGCUGGACCUGGCACCCAGACCACCUCAUUAAGCUGAAGUGGUCUGGGUGCCUAGAGUGGUCCUUUAAUCUAAAUUCUUUGCCAUCUUUUAAAAAGGAUGGUCAGACUCUGAUACUUGAGUGCAAUAUGUGAUCUAUUACUGGGAAUGAACAGACCGUGUCUCGACAAGCACCAUGAUUUGUUCAAAUUGGCUAUCAAUUUUAUCUUCUUAUUUUUAGCUGGAGAAGCUGAUUGAAAAGAACUAUUAUCUGCACAAAUCUGCCCAGGAAGCUUACAAAGCUUAUAUCCGCGCAUACGACUCCCAUUCACACAAGCAGAUAUUCGAUGUGAACACCCUGGAUCUCCCAAAAGUGUGCCUGUCCUUCGGCUUUCAAGUUCCUCCCUAUGUGGAUCUGAGUAUCCUUUCUAAACUUAUGUGGAUGGGGGUUAUUGUGCUAAGGGGGUGGGAGAGAAUGGAGGUAAAUUGGGUUUUGCUGUAGAUCCUGUAGCUUUUCUUUAACCAAACUUUCAGAUGUUAACAGCAGCGGCGGAAAAAAGUUGCAGAAGCGAGGAGGCGGUGGUGGAUUUGGCUACCAGAAACCCAAGAACAUGUACAAAGCCAAGAUAUUCAAACAUAUUAACAAGAGUGGCCGAGGAGGGGGGCGCCAGUUUACUCGCUGAGGUGUCUGUUUUAAAUCUUGCCAAAGACUCCAAAAGCCGUAUGUUUAUUUGACAUCUCAGGAGCUUGUGUUGGGUGUAAGAUGCAGAAAUUAUCCUCUAACAGGUCUGGAAUAAGACUGCUCUAUACUGCAGCCUUCUGUGCACUGGCGGGGUGUAACAGACAGCCACUGGCUGGGUUACUUAGGAUUUCAUUUGUUUCUCUUCACAGACGGUAUUGAUGCAUCGAGUUGGAUGUUAUUGUGUCUCACUGGGUCCAGGAGGAAUUCUGUUUCAUAAAUGGGUUCUCUGGACUAAUGUAUCUUACAUUCCGUUUAGCUCUUUCUAAACGUUCUCUCGUUAGCCGCACAGUGAUCUUUACAGACUUUCUUCAAGCUCAAAUGUGCAUUUAUACAAUAAAUGUAUAGCGUUCAUCUAAACUGUAUUCUGUCUUGUAUCAUCCUUGCUCCUGUUUAUGUACUACAAAGUUCCGGCUAAAGUGUGUGUGUGUGUG